AUGAUAGUUGAAGAUGAUGAUACUCUCAUUUUUGAGAAAAGUUCACAGAAUAAUUCUGAUUGUCACUCAGUUUCAUCAAUAGUUGCUAAUAUAUUUAUUAACUCUCUAGAAAACAAUAUCGAGCUUAGUGAACAGACUCUUAAAUAUCUUGCUGAGAUACUUAGUAGUAAUAAUAAGCAAACACGCAUUUUAUCAGGAAAAUCUUUGUAUUUAGCAACAAAAAGUCAUGAUAUUAAUAAUAAUAUUUUAGUUGAAUUACGAGAACAUGUACGUGAUGACAUACAUGAUGUUUGUGUUUAUUCAACUGUUGCAUAUGCUUGA